AUGUCAUCGGAGUUUUCUUUACGAAUUGGCUCAAGACAUAAACAUGCAUAUCACAUUAUAAAUAAAUAUAGUGAAGAACCACAUAAUAACUAUACCAUUUUAAUUAUUAUUGAUACACCAAAUCAAAAUAGGUUAUUCGAAGAACAGAUUAAAAGUAUUAUGACUUUAAUUGAGGCAGAUUUAGCGAUUGUUGCAAAAUGGAUCAUUCCUGUCGUGCCAAGACAAACUGUAUACAGAGAUCAUUGUUUGGUGAUUAAAGAUGGCUUGAUUCUCGAUAUCGUCAGAGCAGCAGACUUGAAAGAAAAGUACAACGUCAGGCAGGUCAAUCAUCUCGGUGACGCACCAGAUUCAGCUGACGAGCACAUUCUCAUUCCCGGUUUGUUCAAUAUGCAUGCACACUCUGCAUUGUCGUUGCUGCGUGGUUACGCCGACGAUGUCUCGCUACACGAUUGGCUCACCAAGUUCAUCUGGCCAGCGGAAUCGGCACAUCUCUCCGAGGAAUUCGUUCGACUCGGAACCGAGUUGGCUUGUGCCGAGAUGAUUCGCACUGGAACCACCUAUUGCAAUGAGAUGUACUUCUUCCCCGAGGUUGCCGCCGAGGUUAUCGCUCGCUCCGGAAUGCGUGGAACCGUUGCCGUUCCCAUUAUCAAAUUCCCGUCGUCCUACGCCAAGGACGAGUCGGACUACAUCGAAAAGGGUGAGAAGUUGAUCGCUCACUACCACGGACACGACCACAUCAAGGUUUCACUCGGUCCACACGCCGUCUACACCAUCACCGACGAGGCAUACACCAGAGUUAAAGAGCUCUCGGAACAACACAAUCUCGUCAUUCAUACACAUCUCCACGAGACACAUCGUGAGGUCGACGAUGAAGUCGCCACCAACGGUGUCCGACCGAUUGCGCGUCUCGAACGUCUCGGCAUUCUCUCGAAGCGUUUGGUCGCCGUGCACAUGACACACCUAAACACCGGUGAAAUCUCUCUGCUCAAAGAGAAGCAAGUGAACGUUGUCCACUGUCCAGAAUCCAAUUUGAAGCUUGGUGUUGCCGGAAUAUGUCCGGUUCAUCAGCUGAUGGAGAACGGUGUCAACGUUGGCAUUGGAACAGACUCUGCCGCUAGCAACGACGAUCUUGAUAUGCUAGGUGAACUGAGAUGCGCUGCCUACGUCGAUAAGCUCUGCUUCAACGUCGCCAUGAAGGAGCAACAACCCGCGCCAGGACAAAGCGUUACCAACGCCGCUCAGAUAUUGGAGAUGGCAACAAUCAACGGUGCCAAAGCGUUGGGUGUCGAUCGACAACUCGGUAGUCUCGAGAUCGGUAAGAAGGCCGACAUUGUCGCCGUCAAAGUUACAUCGCCACCCAUCUACGAUCCAAUCUCACAUUUGGUAUACGUUGGAACCAACCGUGUCUGUGAUGUCUGGGUAGACGGCAAACAACUCUUGAAAGAAUCAAAACUCACUGAAAUUGACGAGAAUCAAAUCAAACAAAAAGUAAAAGCUUUCUCUGAAAAGAUUUUAACAAUGAGACCAAAGACAGAUACAAAGAUUAUUCAAUAA